AUGCCUAAACGAAACCCGCGUCCAAAUUCCGGUGCCGUCGCCUCGCCCGCUCAAGAUAAUAAAAAACGAGCCUUGGGUGAGACCCAGGAGAGUAUACUGUCACCGAGACGAUCCAAACGCACGAAAUCCAUCGUCGAGAGUCCUAUAUCGAAGCCGUCCACCGUGCCCGCAAGUCAGACACCUAGAAAACCCGGCAGGCAGGUUAGCACAAACAGCAAGUCAAAAGGAACGGCUGCAGAAAUCAAAGAGGAGGACCAGACGGAAGCUGAUGAUCUAAAAUCCUCGAUCCAAAUUAAAAAGCAGAAGGUUUCCAUUGCAGAGCAAAAAUUGAAUAAAGGGAUCAAGAAGGAGGUCAAGAUUGAGGAGGAAGAAGAAGAAGAAAAAGAAAAAGAAAAAGAAAUAAUCUCCACAAAGCUUACCAAAAAGCGAAAGACGAAAGCUGAGAAAGAAACCGAGAUGUUACCACUUGCCGCCAGGACCAAGGGGCUACAGAUGUUUGUAGGAGCUCACGUUAGCGCCGCCACGGGAGUACAGAAUUCCAUCCUGAACAGUGUGCAUAUAGGAGGAAAUGCCUUCGCCUUAUUCUUAAAAUCCCAGAGAAAAUGGGACAAUCCACCGCUCCAAGAUGAACAUAAGGAGCAAUUUCUGAAGUUCUGUCGUGACUACGAAUAUGACGCAGCAAAAUAUAUCCUGCCACAUGGCUCGUACCUCGUGAACUUGGCACAAGAAGACGAGACGAAAGCGAAACAAGCCUACGACUCCUUUCUUGAUGAUUUAAAAAGAUGCGAGAAGCUUGGUAUCAGGCUCUAUAACUUCCAUCCAGGAGCGGCGGGCCAAAGUACGGUAGAGUCGGCUAUUUCAAGACUUGCUAAAUCAUUAACGAAAGCUUUGGCUGCAACUGAAACGGUCAUCCCUGUAUUAGAGACCAUGUGCGGUCAUGGAACGACUCUAGGCGGUGAUCUCUCCGAGCUAGGAGCCGUAAUCUCACAGAUUCCAGAACAGUACCACUCACGUAUUGGAGUAUGCGUCGAUACGUGCCACAGCUUCUCGUAUGGCUAUGAUUUGGUAGCUCCCGAAGGAUUUAAGGCCUUUAUGCAAGAAUUCGACGAGAAGAUUGGAUUAAAAUUCUUAAGAGCACUACAUCUCAAUGACUCAAAGGCGCCGAAAGGUAGCAAACGUGACCUUCACGCCAAUAUUGGCACUGGCUUUUUGGGCCUUCGUGCUUUCCACAAUGUGAUGAACGAGGAACGCUUUCAGGGACUUCCAAUGAUCCUUGAAACUCCUAUUGAUCGACCCGCCUCAACUCCCAACAACGAAUCAAGCAAAGGCAAGGGCUCUCGCAAACCCAAGAAGGAAGAAGAUGAAGACUCAUGUGGUAGCAACCAUGAGAUAGACUCCCCCAAAGCCAAAAAGGCGCGCAAAGCCCCUGCAUCUCAUACCAAACUCGUCGAGGAUAAGAAUGUAUGGGCCCGAGAAAUCAAGUUACUCGAGUCCUUAAUCGGCAUGGAUCCUGAAAGCGCGGAGUUCCAUACCUUAGCGGCUCAAUUAUCCGAAGAUGGAAAGGCAGAGAGACAAAAACAUCAGCAGCAGUAUGAGCGGAAGCUUGAGACGGAGGCUAAAAAGAAGCAGAAGGAACUUGAGAAGGGGCAGAAGAGUUUGGAUAGUAUGUUUAAGAAGAAAAAGGAGUAG